UUUUGUAUUUGUAAUUGUUCCACACAGAAGUUUUAAAAUAAUCUAGAUAUGAGCAUUCCACUUUUUCCAAAUUUAAAACCAAGAUUGAUGCAUUCCUCUUGGUUUGAUGUAGACCAACCUUGUGAUGAUGAAGAUGAAGUGUCCCAAAUGGAAAGAGAACACCAAAAUUGGCUCCAAAUGAUUACCCAAAGAAAUUCUGAUUUGACGCCCAUUGGAAAAACUGCUUCAGAGAAUAUGGAAGAAGACGAGGAGGAGGAUGAUGAGGACGAUAAUGAUGAUGACGAUGAAUCUGAAACUCAUGACGAGGAAGAGGAAGAUGAAAUUGAAAUGGAUGUUUCUCAGGAACGUAAUUCGCCAGUGGAUGUUAGUAUUAGAUUAGUACAGGGACAUGGAGUACGAUAAUUGUGCAUAUAAACGUGCUUUUAUUUUGUUUUCUUGUAUUUCUUUAAAUUUUAAUUAAACUUGUUUUUAUAUGUGUAGUACAACAAAGGUUCAAUAAAUUAUGAUUGAGUAAAA